ACGCGGCUCCGGGGCGGGAGGGAAACAGCCGCAGAGGCAGGAAAUCGCUGUGGGGACGGAGCGGCCGCAGGGCCGGGGGAUCUGAGCAGCCCUGUGCCUGGGACCAGAGAGAUCCCCCCUCCCAGCCAGCUGGUCCUAUAGGAGCUAUAACCGCCCCCCCCCCGCCCCUUGUCUCUCUGCUUAUCCCCUUGGCAGCGCGCAGGGUCCCCGCUAGAGACGUCUCCGUUCCAGCCGCUGCUGCGCUUGGAGCUCGGGGCAUGUCUACACGACAGGCGCACAGGGAGGUCGCUGUGCUGGUAACUCCAGAGCACAGGCGCUUCCUACCGCAGUGCCAGGGAUGUGCUUUAUGUACCUCUCUCAGAGGCAGUAGCUAGGCCCAGGGAAGACUUCUCCCCUUGACCUGGCCACAUCUGUAUUGGGCCUAACUACACCAGGCUGCCCCUGAAAAUGUUUACGGCCCUGAGCGAGGCAGCUAGGCCCAUCUAAUUUUUAGACGUAGACGAGGCCCCCCGCUUGGAGGCUGGUAGCUCUGGCCCCAAAGAUCGCUGGUUUGAUCCCCAUUGCCUGUCACAUUAGCACUUCUUCCUCCCAGAUGUUUUGUCUUCAGGACCCCCAUGCUGUGCCCAUGGGUCUCCUGGCCCUUUUUCCCAUGUUCCACAAUCAUAUGUCCCUCCAGGCAAGAAGUUCAAACUCACAGAGUGUCCUUUGUAACAGCUGUUCAACCUAGCCCUAGUCUCCCCUCUUUUCUGUCCUCAGGGCUGGAUUUCCACGCCCUAGACCAGUCGUGAGUCCCAGAUGGAGCCAGAGGUAGAGCUGUGCAUGCUGGAUCCCCAGUGCUCCAGUGACAGCCGCGUCCCUACGGGCACUUCUGCAGGUGAGAGACACUUCCUAACUAACCCUGGCUCCCCAAGACGCCCUGAGCCCAUCCAGUCCUGCCUCAUCUCGUCCAGUUCGGCACUGGAACCAACAGCUGCCACGUCAAAGCGACAGGGGUCAGUUGUGACUCCAGCUGGAUAUGUAAUCUGAGACAUACAGGAUGGAUUUGUUUUUUCAGACACACUUCUGUUUAUAAAUGGCAGCUGGCGACGAGGCACAGAGCGGGGACAAGGAGGGGAGUCCUGGCCCGGAGGACGGGGUGCUGUCAGGCGGGUCUGAGUGGGAGUUGUCCCCCAGCCACGACCGGGAGUGGCCACCGAUGACGCUCCCCACUGCUAACUCAAGGAAACCCUACAACUGUGCUGACUGCGGCAAAGCCUUCACCUGGCCCUCGCACCUGGUGCAGCACCGGCGCAUGCACACGGGUGAGCGCCCUUACCGCUGUGCCGACUGCGGCAAAGGCUUCGCCGACAGCUCAUCCCUGGUUAAGCACGGCCGGACCCACACGGGAGAGCGCCCCUACACCUGCCCCCAGUGUGGCAAAGGCUUUGUGGACAGCUCGUCGCUCACCAAACAUGCCCGCACCCACACAGGCGAGCGUCCCUACUGUUGCCCCAGCUGUGGGCGCGGCUUCGCCGACAGCUCCCGCCUGGCCCAGCACCGACGCACCCAUGCUGGGGAGCGACCUUACUGCUGCCCCGACUGUGGGAGGGCAUUUGGCCGUCGGGCACACCUGAUCGAGCACCGGUACACCCACACUGGGGAGAAACCCCACCGCUGCCACCAGUGUGGCAAAGGGUUCAGCCAGAGCUCCAACCUGACGCAGCACCAGAAGACCCACCUGGCAGAGAAGCCUUUCAUUUGUCCACAAUGUGGGAAGGGGUUCUGUUUGCGCUCCCAGUUGGCCAAGCACCAGCGGCUGCACAGUCCUGACAACCCCCACCGCUGUCCCCAGUGCCACAAGGGCUUUGUCGACCGCUCACCGCUCCUCAAGCACCUGAGGAUCCACACCGGGGAGCGGCCCUUCCGGUGCACUGAGUGUGGGAAGACUUUCAGCAUGAGUUCACACCUCACACAGCAUCAGCGAGUCCACACUGGCGAGAAACCCCACCACUGCCACCAGUGCGGCAAGGCAUUUGCCCAGAGCUCCAACCUGACGCAGCACCUGCGCACCCAUACUGGGGAGCGCCCAUACAAGUGCCCCAAAUGUGGCCGGGCCUUCAGUGAUAGCUCCAGCUUCUUGAGGCACCAGCGGCUGCACAGUGGGGAGCGGCCCUACCGCUGCCACCAAUGUGGCAAGGGCUUUGCUGAUGGCAAGGUGCUGCGCAAGCAUCAACUGACUCAUAGCAGUGAGCGGCCCUUCGCCUGUGGGCAGUGUGGCCGCGCCUUUGCCCAGAGCUCCAACCUGGUGCAACACCAGGCCAUCCACACUGGGGAGCGGCCCCACCGCUGCCACCAAUGCGGCAAAGGGUUCUGCUUUCCCUCGCAACUGGCACAGCACCAGAAGCUCCAUGCCACUAUUAUUGUGGUGGACGAUGGUGAUAACGAACUCCCCUCUCCAUCUGUCAACUAAGCCCCUCCAUUCCCCAGCUGCCCUGGGUGGGGAUUGAACCUGGGACUCCUCUGUUGCUUGAAUUACCAGGCAAAGAGGGUGAUACAGACUUGUAAUCCUUUAUCCAGCCACUAGAGGGGGACAGGGAGCAGGUUUAGUGCUAGAGCUGAUCAAAGGACAGAAAGAAAAAGUUUCACUAAGUCAAUCUGGUUCUGGAACAAGACACUUUUUUUCUUUUAAUUGAAAUUCUUGGUGAUAUUUCCCCCCCAAAAGUCAUGUGACUAUAGGAAAAUCUCAGCUUUUAAAAAAAAAGUCAUUUUCUGAUCCUCAUGGUUGGGGAGAAAAGCUGAGAAAAUUACUCCAAAUGGCUCAGAAUCCUGACUAAACAGACCUUUACAUUUAUGAUUUUCAACAUCUCAUGAUGUUUUUAAGCCAUGACUAUUCUGGAGCUUGGCUCGUGAUUUUUGAAUGCUUAGAGUGGCCAUGCUGCUGGGGUUAAAUUUUGGAGAUAUUUGUGAACCCACUCCAAUCUCAAUGGAGUUGGUGGAAUUUGUUCAUGUGUCUCGCAGUUGUCAAGGGUUUAGGAAUCCACCAGAGGCUGAAUUUAUAGCCAGGAUUCUAAGGCUCAGGUGUAAUUCAUUGGCUUAAUACCUGUGGCCAUGUCUCCCUCUAGUGCACAACCCUGGCUAUUGCAACAUCCCACUGCUCACUCACAGCUGGGGGGAGUUACCCCUUUAGCUCAGGGUGGCAUGGGAUCAUGCAUGGGGUUGGGAUUGGGGCUAACGGACGAGAGCUGGUCAGGAAAUGAUUUGCUUGUCCCCAUGAAAUUUUUUUAAUGAAAACAUGGUUGGGAAAAAUGUGUUUCCUUGAAAUUUUUCAUCUAAACUUUUGUGGAAAAUGUUCAGGGUUUUUGUCAGCAAACCUAAAGCUGAGAAAAUUUGGGUUCCCAAAAUCCAAACACUUUCCAGGUAUUUUUCAAUGAACUCCACCAAUUUUUCCAUGCAAUGGAAAUUUCUAGGGGAAAGAAAAAUGUUUUGUCAACAACAACAAAGACUUGGGGGGCGGGGGUCGACAUUUCCCACCUAAAAGCCUUUGGACGUCCAGCAUUUGAUCAGCUUUGGAAGAGUCAUGUGCCCACAUUUCUUCAGCUCUGUAAUAAUCAACUUUGGGGGCUGAGACCGCAUGGGUUGGUUAUACAAGAAUAAACAACACAUCACAAUGGAAUUGGCUUCUUGCUUUUCAAGCCUUUUUGGAAGUGUCACACUAUUUCUCCUAUUUGAUUGAAACCUCCCUGGUUUUAUAUAUGUAAUAUGAAAAUUAACAUUUUCCUCCAUUCUUUUCCCAAAACUUUUAUGUGUUUAUUUUUUUAGAAAACCAACACUUAAAAAUAGAAUUUAGGGAAGAUUAGAAAUAACAACCUACAUUUUUUGUUGUAUUUAUUAAAACACACACAAAAAAAACAAGGAAAGGGGUUUUUUUCACCAGGCAAAAAAACUUUGUUAACUACAGGAUUCUAACAACAGUAUCACAAGUUAAGGGAUAGCCAUUAAUAACCUUAAUUCUGCCCUUCAGGACAUGUUUUGUUAAAGACUGGGCUACUGUUUUUAGGACUCCACCACUUGGAUUUGGAUGUUAGGAGUUAGACUUCCCAGAUGGGAUUUUUCAAAGGAGUUGAAGAGAAUUUGGUUUCUAAAUUCAAUGGAAUUAAAUUAAUUAGAGUGAAUUGACAUUUUGUAAGCAAAACAUAUUCCUGGCAAAAAAUUGAGUUUUUCUCAUGAAAACGUUAUUUUCAACAAAAAAAUUUGAUUAGUGAUUACAAAAUACACAUUUCUGUUUAAUUUCAAAUCGGAUUUUUUUGCUUUGCUCUUCUCUCCUCAAACACACUUUCUGUCUCACUUCUACUUUCACCCAUCAUUUGCAGUGAGGAAACAAGGAGGGGAGAGAAAAUAACCCAAAAAUCUCCAAAGUGAAAACUUUGUUUCUUAAAUCCAGACCAAAUUGUGAUUUGAAAGUAAAAUGUUUUUACACUUCUUUCU